AAAAUUCGACUGGUUUUUGGGAAAACGAGAGAGCCAUCGAAACCCUAGAGACGGUGAUGGAGGAUCUGAAGAAAGAGAUAGAGGCCAAGCGGCAGAGGCUGGCGGAGGCGGCGACCGGCACCGGCACCGGCAGCAAGCGAUAUUUCAAUCGCGCCGAGAUGGAAAAGAAGCAAAUCCAGAAGAAGCGGGAGGAAGAGAAGCGCGAAUUAGAAGCCAAAGCAAAAUCCAAGCGCCAAUCCGCCGCCGCCUCCUCCUCCUCCGCCGCCGCAACCGGUGGUGAUUCAACUUCCAAAUCAAACCCUAACGCCGCCGCUGCCGCCACCACCACCUCCGCCGCGCCCUCGGCUUCUAAAGCCCUAACGGACGAGCAGAAAAUCGACCUGAUUAAUAUCCCCAAGCCGGAAGUGAUCCGCCGCCUCAGGAUUCUGAAGCAGCCGAUCACUCUCUUCGGCGAGGACGACGACGCCCGGCUCGACCGGCUGAAGCACGUGUUGAAGACUGGAAUGUUCGAGGUCGACUCCGACAUGACGGAGGGGCAGACCAACGAUUUCCUCCGGGAUAUCGCCGAGCUGAGGAAGCGGCAGAAGUCGGGGAUUGUGAGCGACCGGAAGAGGAAGAACUCCGAGGUCGUGGACGGCGUGGUGGAGGACGGCGAGGGUGGGGUUAGGGAAGAUGAGCUUGACGGCGACGGCGGGUCGAGCGGAGCUGAUGUGGAUAGGGACUUGAAGCUAAUGAAGGCCAAUUUCGAUGAGUUGUGCGAUGAAGAUAAGAUUUUGGUGUUCUUCAAGAGGCUGCUGAGUGAAUGGAAACAGGAGCUGGGUCAGAUGACGGCGGCUGACAGGCGAGCUGGGAAGAAAAUUGCCACAUUGAAUCAAUGUGCUCGCUACUUGCAUCCCUUGUUCAAGUUUUGCAGGAAGAAGGUUCUUCCAGAUGAUAUUCGCCGAGCGUUGAUGGUGGUGGUUGAUUGCUGCAUGAAGCGAGACUACCUAGCUGCAAUGGACCAAUACAUUAAGAUGGCUAUUGGGAAUGCACCAUGGCCAAUUGGUGUCACUAUGGUUGGUAUCCACGAACGUUCAGCUCGCGAGAAGAUCUACACCAACAGUGUGGCUCAUAUUAUGAAUGAUGAGACAACUCGAAAAUACUUGCAGUCUGUGAAAAGAUUGAUGACCUUUUGUCAGCGACGCUACCCAACUAUGCCAUCAAAAGCUGUUGAGUUCAACAGCUUGGCUAAUGGUAGUGACUUGCAGUCUCUGCUACAAAUGGAGACUGACUCGGGCAGUAGUCAAGUCUUUGAGGAAAGGCUUCGGUUAAUGCCUGCUCCUUAGCUUUUGAUCUAGCCAGUGUAUGAAAUUCUGUAGAAUGAUAUAUUUCUCCAUCUGUGGAAUGAUAUAUUCUCCUUUUAAAUA